UGCACAUGGCCGUACAUUAUUCCAAAGCCGUGUCAGAAUUUGUUUAUUUGUAUUUAAGAAAGUCAUAAAAUAAAAUUAGGAAAAUGAUUAAUAUUGAAUGGUUUUUUCUUAUCUCAUACGAUUUCAAUUAAGUAUUUCCGUGUUUAACAUCAAACUAACCGAAAUUGACGCAUUUUAUACAGAAUUUAAUUCCUUUUCCCAACAUAACCUGUACCCAUUAAAAAUGUCUGAUGCCUGGGAAGAGAUUCAAGCCGUGAAAAGCAAGAGGAACAGCUUACGGGAGAAGUUGGAGAAGCGUAAGAAGGAGCGGCAAAAUAUCCUGGGGUCUUCGCUAGUGAGUGGUGACAAGGCGGAAGGGUCGCCGGGGGGAAAAGAGAAGCCGAUUGCCGGCGCGGCUGUUACGACUAAAAAUGAAGACAAGCCGAAAGCUGUAGUCCCGUCAGCUUCCCUGGAGGUGCGUCUGCUGCAAGUGCUCUCAGACAUACAGCUGCAGCUGCCCGCAACAGCCAGCGCCCUCUUGCCUGGCCUCGGAGAUGUUGACACUGAGAUUGUCGCCAGCUUGCUGCAGAAGUUUGCCACACAGAAACUUAUCACUAUCCGAGAAAGACCAGAAGGCAGUACCGAUGUGGGCAUUGAAGUGGUCAGCGCCGAGUCGGUCCGCCUGGCAGCUGUCCUGGCGGCGCUGAUGGAGGAGAACUCUAAUAAGAGGAAAGGUGAAGACGCCCCCGAGGAGGGCACUAAAGCAAAACAGGCAAAGAAUACUACAGAAGAAAAGAAGGCUGCAAAGAAAGACACAGAUUUGAUGUCAUUACUGGCUAUGCCGUCAAGCCGAGAGAAAGCCGUGAAGCGAGUGGGAGAGGAGAUCAUGGAUCUACUCAGCAAACCUACAGCUAAGGAGAAAUCUUUGGCCGACAAGUUCAAGAGUCAAGGAGGCGCUCAAGUAAUGGAAUUCUGCCCGCACGGCACCCGGGCCGAGUGCGCGCGCGCCACCUCCCAACGACAAGAUGGCGCCUGCAAGAAACUGCACUUCAAGAAGAUCAUACAAGCACACACAGACGAGUCGCUCGGAGACUGCUCCUUUCUAAAUACCUGCUUCCACAUGGACAGUUGCAAAUAUGUUCAUUACGAGGUUGACAACAGCGACCCAAACGUUACGGCGACCAAAACCACCGACGCGCUACAGAAGAAUUCACCAAAUGGAGUGCAGGUGGCGCCCAAACCAGAUGGUGUUUUAACAUUGACGCCCCCACAGUGGCUACAGUGCGAUUUGCGGUAUCUAGACAUGACGUUUUUAGGAAAAUUCGCAGUGAUAAUGGCGGACCCACCGUGGGACAUCCACAUGGAGUUGCCUUACGGCACCAUGUCUGACGACGAGAUGCGAUGCCUCGGGGUGCCCCAGCUACAAGAUAAGGGGCUUAUAUUCUUAUGGGUCACUGGCAGAGCUAUGGAGCUGGGUCGCGAAUGUCUUAAAUUGUGGGGCUACGAACGCGUAGACGAACUGAUCUGGGUGAAGACUAACCAGCUACAGAGGAUCAUACGAACGGGACGCACAGGACACUGGCUCAACCACGGCAAGGAGCACUGUCUAGUUGGAAUGAAAGGCGAUCCGGACAACCUGAAUCGCGGGCUGGACUGUGACGUCAUCGUCGCCGAAGUCAGAGCCACUAGCCACAAGCCAGACGAGAUAUACGGCAUUAUUGAGAGGCUAAGUCCCGGUACGAGGAAAAUGGAGCUGUUCGGCCGACCACACAAUGUGCAACCUAACUGGAUAACACUAGGCAACCAAGUGGACGGCGUGAGGCUGGUGGACCCCGAGCUGAUCGCGGCCUUCAAGAAGCGGUACCCCGACGGGAACUGCAUGGCGCCGCCGCCUCCGGAGACCCUCGCUUAACCCUUAACACGACAUCCUUAGCGGCAACAUUAUCAUCAUACUUCAAACAAAAGCGCAUCUCAACAAUAACAAUAACGGUUCGCAAUCGAAUGACUACAAAUAAUGUCAUAAUUAUUUGUGCAACAAGGGAGGAACAUAUACUGAGUCGCAUAUAUAUGGUUAAUAGCUAAUUGAGAAUACUAAUUACUCUUAAUAACUCGUAAAUCUUUUGGAAACUGUUACUAAUAUGAUAGUAGUAUUUGUAAACGCAUAAACACGAUUGGGAUUACCGUAUUUCCUUACACGCAACCUUACUUACUGAAAUUUUCACCUUUCUUCGUCAUUUGUAAAUUUAUAAACUCUUACAAAUGAUAUCAAAUGUAAACAACAGGAAAUCAUUAUUUAUAUUAUAGCCUCUUUUAUUUUAAAACUUUUGUUAAAUUUGUAAACUCACUGUAAACUACUGUUAACACUAUAUUGGGCAUACCCUAAUGCAAUUUGAGAUGUAAUUGUCUGCCAUCUAAAACAAAAAUUGUUUCACUCCGCUCUUCACUCCGGUUUAACCGGUUAAACCUGGAAUAACCAAAGUUACCAGUACAAUUAGGCACAGGGAGGUUUAACCGUUUAAACUCCGGGUUAGUAGGAUAUUGGCCAGAUGGCCAAUUACCCAAUUUCUAUAUAUUAAAGUUAAUAUACGAGUAUGAAAUGCGAACGGGAUUUGAACACAAGACUUGGAACACUUCAAGCCGGACGCUCCGCUCUAUAAAAGAAGCUAUCAAUGCACUUGUUCGAAUUCACGAAUGUUUAUUUAUGAUAUAUUUAGGUGUGGCCCACAGCCCACAACCCACACCACAAUAAAAUAACCCACACCCACACCGUGUGGGUUAUUUUAUUGUUUACGGGGCGGUAGAGUAGAGGUAUCAAUAUCUGGCUUUAAUUUAUGUUUGUUAUACGUCAGCAGAUGAGUCAAAUGAUUGUUGAAAAAAAUGUGUUCCUUAGGAAACAAAUGUUGCAAAGCUUUUAAAGACAUUUUGUACUGUAAAUAUUAUAAAUAUCCCAAAAUUUCUUGCUUAUAACUUAUGACCCAACUCUGAAAUAAAUAUUUUUCUUAUUAGUUGUUGUUUACAAGCUUUUAAAAUCAAAGAAUAAAGGACAUUAUUUACGA